CCAUCAGGGUCGCGUGUUCUUUGGUGGGUUUUUCGACUUGUUGUUAUCGUCUUCGUUUUCUGUAUUAGGAUAAAGCUAGAGCUGUUGAAAUUAAAAUAAAUUACCCGAAAACCAAAAUUUUUGAAAACCUGAGGGAAACCCACAAAGUUUCAUAAGAUUCUGGAAAAAUAGUGACGAAAAUCCCAAAUGUUCUGGGAAAAUUUCGGUCUUUCUCUAAUAUUUUCCCAGAAUCUUAUAAAAUAUUUAGGUUUUUCCCCAAGAUAGUGAUAUUGGGGUGUGCUUCUUGAGUCGAAAUGAUCCUAUUUGUUAUUAUGAAAUUUUUGAUCUCACAGCAGUAAAGACUACUUACUAUGCAUACUGUGGAGUUUUUUCAUUUAGUUAAAUAAAAUAGUGCCUUGAUAUAAUAAUUCUGCGUCUCUGAGAUAUUGUUUCAUGUCUGUAGUCACCCUGAAUGGUCAAAGGAUCCAAAUCAUAUCUUUCUUAACAUUUCAAUGUGCAGAUCUACAUGAAUUUUCGCCUUUACUCCUUUUUUUAACCUUGAUGUGAUAUCAUAUCGAAAUUGGAAAAGUUCUUUUGCUUGCCACUCUAUAAGCCAGGCAUUUCAACGAUUGUCAUCAUUAUAUUAAUAAUCCCUCUAAAAGCCUUUUUAUGAUGGGUAUUAUACAGUCAACCUCGUCCCAGCUCUAAACACCUACUCAGUAGUUUAGGUUUUCCUUAGUUUAGUUUGCAUUUAAGAAAUGAAGUGAAAGAUACUUGAUAUCAAGUUUUCUUCAAAUUAACAUCCCAUGUUUAAGUAAAACAUUUCUUGGCACAAUUUCUAGUAACGAGUUACACUAGUUAUAUAUAUUCGUAAAUCAUUUCCAUAUUUCGGAAUUUUUCGCCAAAUAUUAUUUUUCACUUUGGUUUCUUUAUAUGUCGUCCGAUUUUUUGUUUAAUCUUUUACGUCUAACAUUAAUUUCUAGUGAGGUUUUGGCGAAAGGAAACAAAAACAUUGAGUUGUUUAGUUUGAGUGGUGCGCUCUCUACUGUUGCCUGAAUGGUCCGGGAUUAUUGGAGUUAGGCUAAUUUUAAAAAAGUCCUUAGUGUGCAAUCACAGAUUUUCUCAAAGCUGUGUACACAAGUCUUGUCUAGCGUACAUAGUCAGUUAAGAAAAAUAAGCCAAGUAGUGUUUUGUACUAAUUCGCCCUCUUUAAAAUUUCAUCUCAUUUUUGUAAUCUAGGCUAGACUCACUUAUAGGUCUAUAAUUAUUAGAACUACGUUACGAAUAACAUUUAUUCUAUGAAUCCUCUUCAUAUCAUCAAAAAUCACUUUUUUACAAAUAAUAAAAAUAAAGGCUGUGCAAUAUCAGUUUUAUUUGUCUCUUGUCUUCCAUAUGGUCCAUCUAGUCUUUUUCCAUUCAAUUUCAUUUAUUACAGGUGUCUCGUCUGCUAUCUUUGUUGGUUAAAAAUUAAACAGUGAACAAUGGCUUUUUGUCACCUCCAAAAAUCAAAAAUUAGCUCCUUCCUUCGGGUCAGAAAAACUCGAGUAAGUCUCAAGUAAGAUGGUGAAGGUAAAAGAAGAUAGUGGUUACGUCUCCAUAGGAUCCUAAUGAUGUAGAUAAGUAGGUCUUUGAUGUUUCAGCACUUGAAAAUAGUUUGAUUUCAAAAUAAACAACCACCGCUUAACGCUUCAGCGGUGAAAGACACCAAGCGAAUGAAGAAAGUUAUCGCUGUGUCUUACCACGACGCGCAACUCUGACUAGUGUUGGGGAUAGUUGGAAAAACGUUAGGGGCGGCCGAACCAAAACGUGACAUCAGUCUUUGGAGUCACUAACUUCUGGUCUGUGCCAUGUUGGUAGAUGCAGACUACUUGGUUGGCGUCCGAGCUACUAUCGUAACCAAUGGUUGGAGACCCUGGGUUACAUGGCUCAGGAUCGAUCACAAUGGCGUCGGUGUAUACACUAUUUGUCUGUCCUUAAGCGGUGAAAUUAGAAUUGCUUCAUAUAUUUCUUUCUAUGAACGGUUUUUUUUGUACUAUAUCCUUAUAUGAAAUCUUUUAUAUAUUACCAUCAUCGAAUUAACUUAUGUGAAUUUAUUUUUCAUCUUGUUGUGCUGAUGAGGUGUGGCAACUUGGACCGAUUCAUAUAUAUGCCCGGUGCUACGUUGUAGCUGACUGACUGACUGUGUAUUAAAACUAUCGGUCGAAUGUGACACUGUACUGUUAAAGUGUAGUGUAUAGUGUGAAGGAAUGGGAUUAUUUGUAAAGAUAUACAUUCAGCGAAAAGAGAAUAUGGUCGUAAAAUGUCACGGUUUUACGAAAACAUACCUUUUACCACGUACAGUCCGUCGAAAGAACGGUCGAAUCAAAGCUAUAUUGAAAAUUAUAGCUAGGAAUAUUGAUUUAGAACUCAUUGUGGUUGAUUUAUUAUUUGUGUGGUCUGUUGGCCCUAGUUUUCGACACUGUUUCACUAGAAACAUAUUGGAUGUUGAAGAAAAUGCUCGUCUACAAAUAUCCAUGCGAUGUUUUAUAUUUUGACUUCCCAGUGGUCAAAACGCUGCUUUCAAGCACUCGGUCACCGGCUUGAACUCCCCUUCACCUAAUUUAAUUUAGGCGAAUGGAUAAUAUUACUGGUCCUUACAGAAGAAGUGUGAUUAAAGCUAAGCACAUAUUUACUUUAACAUCAGACUAGAGUCCGUGAAGAGCGAACUCGAAAAAACCAAGCUUAUUUCAGACCUGAAUGUGUAUGUAUGGACUACAUAUUCACUGUUUGACUGGUUCUGGAACAUAGACAUAAUUUUCGACUUUUGAAAGUACGUGUACUCACUUGUUGACUGAUAAUACGCAGAUGAUUUAAUUCUAUUUGGUGGACGCUGAAAAAUUCGGAGUCUUCUGACCUCCAUAAUCAACAAUUCAAGCAUGUUUGGGAUACGGUUCUUUCCCUCCAAGUGCAAAGUGUCACUUCAAGAUUUGCCUGUGUAAUCGCCCGAAUUAAUGAUAGGAAGUGAAGUAGUUGAGCGUGUUGACUGCUUCACUUAGCGUAGGAGUCUCAUUGGUGCUGAUAGUCCGGUAUCUGACGAAAUCUCGACACGAAUUCCGAAGGCUCGAUUGGCUUUUACCAAGUUGCUUCACUUGUAGCGUGGGCGAUACAUCUGUCUGCCAACUGAAGGACGAGUUUACUGUACAGCAGUUCACUCCGUCCUACUUUAUCGAUGUAAAGCAUGGCCGAUAAGAAUAAAGGAUAUUCGCAAAUUACUAGUCUUCGAAGCAUAACUUGUGUAUUUUGGUAUUAUUGAGUAAGUGAAGUCUGUAUUAAGAAUAGUGUACUAGGUAGUGGUGGUAAAUCGAUUGAUGAGAUUAUAAAUCUUCAUAAACUGAGGUGGUUGGGACAUGUGUUACGUAUGUAUAACCACGAUGUGCUUGGACGGGCGAUGUUGGAUGGUGUGAGAGUAGGCUGAAGAAAAGCUGAGGACGACCAAACCGAAACAUGCAUUUAGUCGAUGAAGGCACUGAUGAUUGUACUGAGUCAUGUUAAUAGGUAUAUUUCAGUGGUCCAACGUUUAGCUGUUGAUUCACAUUCGAACCAUACUCCAGCUACCUUGGUUUAGAUGUUCGUUUGUUAUCACUAGCCCCCGUACUUAGAGUGCAGCCCAAAUUCAAGCCCUUGAACCUGUUUUAUAAGUUUAUAAUAAUAGUUAUAAAAUAUGUACAGCAGUCAGUCAGUGACAACGUAGAACUUCGUACGUACGUACAUCAGUUCGAGUUGCCAUACCACAUCAGCACAGAGAUGCAGUUGUCGAUUCAAACACCGUAGUGGUAGUAAGAGUAUAAGCAGUAAUCGGGAAGAUUAGGGUUUGGAGAUGUUAUUCAAAGAGUAUAAUCCAGUGAAAUAAAUUUGGGAAGAGAAAAAAGAGACAAGGAGGAAUCAGGAGAUUAAAAUUUGGGAGAACACAAAGAGUGUAUGCACCUGCGCCAUUUCAAACGAUAUGUAUAGCGUAUUUGGGUUAAUCAGGUUCGGUAGAAAUUUAAAGUAAACAGUAACUAUCAUUAUGUAAUCUACUAAUUUAUUUUAGUAUUUGAUGUGUGGGAGUCAAAGUAAAAAUGAAUGGUCGUUUAGUAUGGACAGACAGUCAUAGCCUAAUGACUAUUAAAUAUGUGAUUUCCUUUCCUCUCAUUGAUUUUUAAUCCUGACUCAUUGGAAGUGACUGCUUGUAAUUGUGUUGAACAAAGUAUUAUGUAGUCGAUCCUCUGGUUCUCUAUUCUUGGUCGUGAAUCCUGGAUCUGAUAUAACGUGACUGGUCUCACCUUAUUAACCUAUUGUCGUAAUAUACUAGUGGAAAAAAAGUAUUUUAACCAUCCAUUGUAUUAAUAUUUCAUCCUUACCACUAUUAAGACCUGCGAUUUACACGAAACUGGUUUGUACUCACCUGUUUUUUUAUUUUUCCCAAGCUAUUUAUAUCCAGUGAUAAUUCGUUGCUUGGAAACCUGCGUUUUUUAUACGGAUGAUCCACCAAAUGAGACGGAAGUCCGCAAGGAACUCCAACUCUUGAAGCGUUACAAAUCACCUGGCCCAGAUGACUUACCUCCGGCUCUUUUUAAAGAUGGUGGUCACUUUCUGACUAAGGAAUUGACGACGUUGUUUACAAAUGUUUGGGAACUAGAGAGUGUACCAACGUCAUGGAAUGAGUCGAUAGUUGUCUCUAUCUUUAAAAAGGGUUCACGUCGUUCCUGUAACAACUAUCGGGGGAUAAGUCUACUUCCGAUUGCGUCCAAGCUAUUGGCUUCCGUCAUUCUUCGUAGGUUGUUCAAAACCCGAGAAAGAUUGACUCGCGAGGAGCAGGCUGGGUUUCGUUCUGGUCGAGGAUGUAUUGAUCAUAUCUUCACCCUCCGUCAAAUGUUAGAACACCGUCAUACUUAUCAAAGGCCAACAAUCGUAGUGUUUCUUGACAUCAGGGCUGCCUUCGAUUCGUUAGACAGGACUGUUCUCUGUGAUUGUCUAUUGAAGAAGGGUGUGCUUGAGAAGUUUAUUAACAUCCUAAAAGCCCUAUAUACAAACACCUCAGGCAGAGUGAGGGCAUACAACUACCUCUCUCCAUUGUUCCAUUCGAGCAGUGGGGUUAGGCAGGGUUGCCCAAUCUCACCAUUCCUCUUCAACUUUGCCAUCGAUGACAUUCUGGAAACAGCUCUUAUGAAUGUAAGUAAUGGUGGUGUGGAUCUGUUGCUUGCAGAAAGACUUCUCGACCUUGAGUAUGCGGAUGAUAUUGUCUUACUGUGAGAUGAUGCCCAAGUCAUGCAAUCCGCACUUAAUCAGUUGGCAAUCAAUGUCAGUAGGUACGGUAUAUGCUUUGCACCUUCGAAGUGCAAAGUACUUCUACAAGACUUGCAGGAUCCUAAUCGUGUACUCACCCUGGAUGGUGAACAGAUAGAAGUAGUCGAGAAGUUCGUGUAUCUGGGUAGCUGCAUAAGUACUGGUGGUGGUGUGAGUGAUGAGAUCACUGCACGUAUAGUGAAAACCAGAGCGGCUUAUGCCAAUCUGGGCCAUGUUUGAGGCCUUCGUGAUGUUAGUCUGGCUGUAAAAGGUCGGAUUUACAACGCGUCGGUGAGAACAGUUCUGCUCUAUGCUUGUGAAACCUGGCCUCUCCGAGUUGAGGACGUUAGACGACUCUCUGUGUUCGAUCAUCGCUGUCUCCGAAGGAUUGCUGACAUUCAGUGUCAACACCAUGUUAGUAAUGCAGAGGUUCGGCAUUGUGUGUUCGGGCACAGAGACGAUAAUGUAAUUGGUGUCACUAUCUUGAAACAUCGACUUCGGUGGCUUGGACAUGUUCUACGAAUGUCGUCCCAGAGAAUUCCACGUUGUGCAUUAUUUGCCGACUCUGGGACUGGUUGGAAGAAGUGGAGAGGUGGUCAGUAUAUGACAUGGUGUCGUGGUAUGAAAGAAAGCUGCAAAGGACUGGCCUGUGUCGGUCCUUCACGACUCCUUGGUUGGUGUCCGAGAGAUGGUGCAACACAGUGGCUAGAGACGUUAUCAGAUAUGGCUGAGAAUAGAAGCCAGUGGCGAUCCUGCUGUAACCUUCUUUUACUUUCUUCAUAAAAGUGGUUGUAUCUUCCUUAACUGAAAGAUUUCUUGUGAUUGUACCCUUCUGUUCCCCUACUAUUACUAUUAUUAUUACACUACCUUACAGCAAUCUCUUCGUUAUUGUUUCUUUUGUACGUUCCCCACUUUUUUUUCUUUUUCUUAAAUUCUCAUUGUUUUGUGUGGCGCAUAUAUAUUUGGCGCACUCCUGUACCAAUAUAUAUGUGUUCAAAUAAAAUAAAAUAAAAAUAAAAACUUAAUAUUCACUUAUUAAAUAUACCUUAAUAGUAAUUGUUUCUUUGCUUUCGAAUGCCUUAGUUCGAUCAGAAGUAUCCAUCGUAUAUAAUCUCCAAAGGUUUUGCAAUAGUACCGUCAUCUGGUCAGGAUAUACAUUCUACUGGUCGUUGUACAUUAGCUCCUGAUCAGUCAGUCCCUCGACAUGUUUCUCUUGCAUCAUCUAUUCGUUUACGAAACUCUUCUGCUUCGGAACUUCGACGAGAAUUUAUUAAUUUUUUCCGAAGUCAUCAACAUUCAGUGGUAGCACCGGCUUCUGUAUUUCCGAAGCGUCACGAAGGAAGCUAUUUCAUCAAUGCAGGUUUGUAAAUUGUGUGUUAAAGUUAUCCAGCUUCAAUUUCCAUCCAUCUUUUUUUUAAAUACAAGCACAAUCAUUACUAAUAGUCUCUAAAUAAAUGUUAUGAAAUUUGUAGCUAAUUUACUUAAUCACUUCCAAUUACUAUUGAUAACACACAUGAGUCCCUACCUGUUACACGGGCAAAGUUCUCUGUGAUUUGACUAGAUGAAAUUUUUUAUUGUUGAAGUCGAUGAAUGGAAUGGCAAUCGCUGAAUGAACCCAAUAAUAUAGUGCGGGCGGAUGAUGGUUACCCACGAGAUUGUAUUAUUGAGUUAGGCCCUCGAAUAAUUAGAAGUCUAAGGUAAAACGACUAACCAGAUAAGUAGUUUUCUAUGUAACAAAACAACGUGCUCGUAUACAGAAUAAGAACACAGAAUAAACAUUAUAAAAUGUCAUAGAUAACUUAUAGGUCACUCAUUCUUCAAUCAGUUAAAAUCUCACUGUUAAGCCUAAUCUUUGGACAUCCUAUUACCGGCAUUGUUUAUCUUAGUAUACUAUAUUUGUAAAUACACAAUACAAGAACAUAGGAUUCCAUACUAUUUUUAGCAUUUCAUUUUUAAAUUACUUGAGGAUACUGUCAAAGGAUUCGCUAAGAUGGGAAUCAUUGUUUAGUGAAAGUUUUCCAAUUACUCUACUGAGUAAAUUUUAAUUUGUCACUUUUACUACAUUAAGCAUUAAUGUAUGUUAAAUAAGCUUCAUUUUUACUUAGAAUGCUAUGUUUUUAUAGUUUUCAUAGAAUUAUCAUUUCUUCAUUAGGAUGUACUUCAUUGUCACGUAAACAAUUUUUUUAGUGUCCAUCGUAGAUAUCAACUCAUACAUUAGGAUUGAUUUCCCAGACUCAUUCUCACAUACUCAAAAAUCAGGUUAUGUAGAAAGUACUUCAACUUUUUCAUCAAUAAUAUUUGUUAAGAAAUGGUGUACUUUUAUUUACAGAUUGUUUGCUUAUGAACAUAACCUUAUCUCAUAAUCCUAUAUGGUCUUUCAAAACUUUGCAAUACUAUCAUAUUAUUUAAUAUUUUUUAUCUUGGCUACAGUUUCAGAUUACCUUACUGCAUUUCAUAUGCAGCCUUACCUCGUAGGUUUAGGGGUCUGGUGUUUUGCUAAUGGGUUGCAAGUUCUAUAUUUUGAUUUGUCGAGGUUUUAACUAUCGAGUAGUAUCACCAUGUUUUGCUCUGUAAUUCAUUACAGUAACAGUAUAGGGUUGUAGAGAUCACUAAGUUUUUGAUUGAAAUCAUGAACCGAUUGACGUUAGACCACCAUUGAAAACCUGGAAGCACUGGACCGCCCUUUCGUCCUAUUGUGGGACUCCUCAGCAAUGCAUCCCAUCAAUAUAGUUUCAUGAAAUUAAAUUUUUAAAAGUUACUUGUUGGUUUUCCUAUACUUUUUUUCUAUUCGGUCAGGAUAGGUAUGAACCAGUUUAAAUCAAUUUUUCUCAACCAGUCGGAUAGUAUUUGUUCAGAAUUUAAGCAGUUACGUCGUGCUACGAACUCACAGCCAUGUAUUCGAAUCGGCGGUCGUCAUGAUGAUUUAAAUGAUGUGGGAUAUGAUAGGCAUCAUCAUACAAUGUUUGAAAUGUUGGGCAGUUGGUCGUUUGGGGACUACUAUAAGGUUUGUCUCAGUUUGAUGGGCAAAAAUUUUGAUUAGUAUGGAACCAGUUAAUCGUAUGUUCAUUUUCACCAAAUUAGUUAACUCAUGAUGGUUGACGAUUUUGUGUUGUGUCCUAAGCGUGGAAAAUAAGAGUUAUCAUGGAUAUGUUUAGUUUAAUCUAUUCCGUCUUGAUAAAUUUCUUUGGACCAAAUCAUUAGUCCAGAAAUUUGUAUUGAAUUUGCGUACACUGAUAUCUAUUUCAAAUACAAUCGUGAAUGCACUUAACUUAUAGGCAACAUCUAAAUCACUGGAUCACGGGUUUGAACCUCGUUUUACCGACCUCAUUUUCAACAGUUGGAAGCCAUUCUCUUUCUCACAAAAAACAUGGCUCAAGGUUAAAUAGAUAAACCUUUUCUUGGUAAAUGAGUUUCACUAAACAUUCGUUUGAUGUAUUAGUUUCAAUGACUAUUAACUAGGAGGCCAACUGUCGCACCGUCAUAUUCAAAAACCGUCUUAUUUAUUUAGAGACAAAAGCCUAAUACAACGAGAAUAAAAUAAAAAGAUAUGCAUGCAAUUAUAACCGAGCUCAGGAUUUAACAAAAGAAGGUUGAAUUUCCCUGCACCAUUGUAACCGAUUUUAAGAUAUAUCACCAACUAUCCAUACCUGUUUUAUUCAGAGUUAUUUAGUAUACCUGAUUUAAACCUUUUUCGUUCAAAUAAUUCUAUGAAAAUUGUUGCUGUCUCUGUUUUUUACUUUUUUUUACGUGACUGUGGUAUGCCUUAGAAAGAGGCUUGCUCUCAGGUUUGGAAAUUUCUUACUAAGGUGUUAAACCUGCCUACCAAUGCAAUUUACAUAACAUAUUUCGGUGGUGAUCAAAAACUUGGACUUCCUCCAGAUGAUGAGACACGUGAUAUCUGGCUGAACUUGGGGUAAGUUGAUAAUCCAUUGUCUAGACUAAUUUUCUGGAUAGUUGAACAGUUAGUUGUGAGUAAUAGAAAAUAUUUCCGACUAUAUUACUUCGAUUUAUAUAGGUAUUCAUCAGUAGGCGACGAAUAAAUGUUCGUGCGAUAGACUCAUGCCGUUAAAGAGCGAAAUCUGAAUAAUCGACUAGCGUCAUUAACUUCCACACAAUAAAUAUGAAACAUGAGCAUGAACUUAGCUACUGAUUUUCAUCUGUUUACAUACUCAUCACAAUCACUUCAAAAACAGUGAAGUUUUUAUAUUCGUUUAUUCGUUCACGCAGUAAAGUUUACGCGUAUGAUUGUGUAUAUUUUAAACAACGUCAAUUUUUCCAAGGUGAAACUAUUAUAAUUCAGUUUUAUGCAAACUUUCUCUUACGAUCAUACAUCGGACCCUUUUUCAAAGUGAAAUAAUAUUUUAACUCUUAGCCCACCAAACAGUUGGUGGCACCUAGUCUGCUGCGUUAAAGUUUCAUCUUUUUGUGUGUACAAAUUAAAGGAAUUUCGUAUUUUUAAAUUGUUGUGGUUGUUCAGUGCAUUUUGAGAUCUAUUACUUAUUAUUCUUUCCCAAUUUUUUUGUGGUGUGGAUGUAACUAACUGAUCUACCAUACCGUUUUAUUUUUUGCUGAUCUUAGCUAAAAUGUUUUUAUAUUAGCAUGAAGCUAGGAUUAUCAAUGUGAGGGAAGAAAAACCUACUGACGUACAUUUGUUUAAAUAUGAAUUGGAAAGUUUCCUAGUCCAGCUGGAGAUAAACUUUGAGUUGUAUAGAUCCAGCCUAAUAUUCUUCUGUUAUAAUAAAUUGUUAUUUAGGUUGUCAAGAGAAAUAAUCUACCUUAUUUAUUCCACUCUUCUACCAAACACAGGUUAGCGCCCUUGAAUUCGGGUGAGGGUUACAACGUACAACGUAGUGGCCGUAGUCACAGCUCCACGAGGCAAUCACCUCCACUCUCUUCUGCUAGAUACUUUUAUUUACCAGAACACAAAGGACAUUGAAUACAACUCACGCAUUAUGUGGCACUUAACUCAUUUACAUCAUACUAUCAUCUCGUCAAUAAUUGGGUUUUCUUCAGUACAACCCUUCGUAUUACAAUAUUCGAUAAGAUAUGAAAAUAUUUAAUAAUAUGAUUCACUGUUUCUGACCAAUACUGAAAUAUUAAACAUAAUUUAUCUUAUUCCAGGGUGAUGGAUCAAAAAUUAAUGCCAUUCGGUAUCGAAUCAAACUUUUGGCGUGCAAAUCAGUUUAGUGGUGGAGGAUUGUGUGGUCCGUCAACUGAAGUACACAUAGAUUUCAAAGCACUCUGCGGUGGAGACCAAUUAGACUGUGCACGUUGUUUAGUGAAUACUUCUAGCCCUCAAGUUUUGGAACUGUGGAAUUGUGUUUUCAUAACACAUCGUAUCAUAGCUGAUAACGAUGUGACAGAGAAACAUUUGAAACCUGACCUUCUUCAACCUUUAAAUAAGUCAUUUGUAGAUACUGGAAUGGGACUAGAACGACUAGCAUGUGUGAUGCAGGGAAUGACGUCGAAUUAUGAUUCCUAUGAAAUAAAUAGUUUAAUGGAAUUCAUACACUCAAAGGCAAACUCAUGUAAUCCUUCUGUGCCUGUUUAUCAAGGUUUAUUUUUAUCCAAUCCUCUACAAGAUGUUGAAACUAAAACAGACAAAGAUCAAUCAGAAAUUACUCUAUCUUCUCUGUGGAAUAAAAUAUCUGGAAAAUCUUCGUCUUCUGCUCUCUGCUCAAAAUCACAUCUUGCCCUUGAUCAUUCUUGGAAAAAUUUUAACAUGGACAAUGAUCUUGUUGAUAUGUGGCAUCGAGAUACCGCCUAUCGAGUAUUGGUCGAUCAUAGUCGUGCUUUAGCAUUCGCCUUAUCAGAUGGUUUAUUACCAGGACGUCAAGGUUUACCUCUGAAAAUUCGUCAGCUUAUUCAUCGAGCGUUUCGUGCAUCUGUUUUAACUGGUCUUGAUACAGAAAUAACUACGUCGGGGAAAUUAAAAUCUCUCCUGGGAGCUUUGGUAUCCGAAGUAGCCAAAAGAGAUGUUCUCAGUCUUCAGUCGUUUUUUAACACAAUGGCUACCAUAAGAGGACCUAGCUGUAGAAAGUCUGAUGCAAUAACUCCGGAACAAAUGGAAUCAAUUAUUAAUGAAGAAGUGACUUCGUUUGCACCUCGUUUAUUUCAUAUGGAAAAUUCAUUUAAUCGAUGUUUGGAAGAAUGCGUCGAUAGGAGACAACUGUCAGGUAAUAUAUGAAGCAGUGAUGUUUGUAGAAUAAUUGACUUGUUUAAACUUGCAACAUAAACUUGAUGAGGUGUAGGCACUGACGGAUAUACUUUACAAAAUAAUUAUUAUUACAGAGAAAUAAGUCAAUGAAAGUGAUGGUUAUGGCCAGAACAGUUCUUUAAAUAUAUAUCAUGGUUUAAAUAGCAAGGAAAUCUUGACUUUUGUUCUAUGUCUGAACUAGUAAACUCGAAUCAGUGAUUUGUUUAAUCUCUGGGAUCCUUUCCGGGAAAAUAGGUACGUACGUGAAUUGAAAAUGCAAACCAGGUACUUUUAAUAAAAUAUUUACUCUUCUGUGACAUCUAGUAUUGAUUAAUGCUCCGUUUUCCCAUCAUUACUAUUUUGAAAAAUACGUGGACCGUAAUUUUGAGCUCAGACUAGUUUAAAUGUAGGUAUUCUCUACUAAAUCAACAAGUCCAUUUCAAUCUAGUGUAUGUAUUCUCUUUAGUCAUUUUGAUAAUGGGAGAAAUCUAUCAUCUGAUGAUCAGUUAGUAUCACAUUUUUGAUUAGGACUAAUUUAGUGACUGAUUUACUAAGUUUUACAUGUAUACGUGUCACUUCCAAUUCUCGUUAUCUGGUAAGUAUAGUAUUUAAUUUUUAACCAUUGGGUUUGAGCUUUGGCUCACGUAAUUUGUGCCUUUUUUCUAUAUUUUGAUUUGAUUUUGUUUUAGAUGUACACCUACUAAGUGAGCUUUUAAGGAUUUAUCUCCUAACUGAAGACUUUACUAUCGACUCGGAGUACAUAGAUGACAUACACUUGUAUAUCAAAGACACUGAUACAAUACAAAGUUGUCUGAACCUUUUGAGUGACAAUUAAAUACUAUCGGGAGCUAUCCCAUCUCUCAUAAAAUGUGAUUGGGAUUGAUCUGGAUUGAUGUGUAAAGUAGCCGUAGAUAGUGUAACAGUUCUGCUCAAUGACCACCACACCUUUCUCAAGAAUAUUAUCAGUUCAGAUAGGUUUUUGGCUGAUAAAACCUCGGGAUGAACACUAAUGGGCUCCUUGGUUUUCGCUAACAUGAGCUAUCGUCGUAUAGGUAAUUCUGAUAUUAAAAGUAGCGUAUUAACUAUUCACGACAACUCAUUUAAGGUGGAAAUAAACCUUCCUCGGUUAAAGUGACUGAAAUAUGUUGCAUGGAUUGUUAACCCCUCUCUAUUGCCAUGUGGCAAUAUUGGUUGGCCUAGGAAUUGCUUGAAAGGCGGGUUGAAAAGGCUAGAAUAAAAUACAGCCUCGGUUCAUGAAGUGUAACAACUUGAGGCGAUAUAUAUUUGUGCUAAGUUCUAUUUACUGUUUAUUGCUAACAGAUCAGUAAGGACUUUUACUCAUAUUAAAUGUAUUAUAUAUCAUUGUGUUUUUGUAUUACACUGUUCGUGCGAUGUCAGAUUUAUCGUGAUAUUUCAAUAAUUGUGUGAAUCGAGAAAUUUCUAACAAGAUCAAAUUAAGCAUUAUUGGACUACUUUUAAAAUAUGUAUCAAACAAUUAGACGUUUUUCCAAUUUAUCUCAGGGACACUCAUUUACUACAACAUUUACUCGAAAAAUAUCUAUAACCGAAAUACGUCUUUUUAAAAUGAUUUUAAGUUUCGAGCUAAAAAAUUACGCGAUUACAUCGGCAUAUUAAGUUUGUUUGAAAAUUGUUUUAGGUUUCAGAUAAUUGAUGGAAUAAAUUUAAGAAUAAAGGAAUAGUUAACUAAUGAACAGUUUAAUAUCAGCUAUAUAAGUUCUUUUAAGGAAUUCAGUGAGGAUACAAACAUAAAAAUUGCAGAAUCUGGUACAAAUUUGUAUCGAUCCAAGCUACUAUCAUCACAGUGGAAAGUAAUCAAGAGGUAAAGUAAACCAGUGAAAAUAAUAGUAAUAGUAAUAACCCAGUAUCUCUGGACUCUACCAGAUCAAUUACUUUUGAACCAGUACUAUGUCUUUUUCUGGUUGUUUUUUAUCGUUUAUUCAACCUGUACUCUAAUUCUAGCCACAUCGGGAUAAGCAGUGAUAAGUUAUGGAUUACACAUAUUUCCAUCACUUUAGUCAAUGAGACUUCGCAACGCCAUCAGUUUAUGAACCAUUUUUUCCGGUAUUAUACAAAUAACACCAACAUUUUGUACUGAAAAUUCCUGGGGCAGGUGAAGUAUCGUCCAUUUAAAAUCCUCCUAUUUAGGAAGACAGAAUCAGUGACGAUUUUAGUAAUCCAUGGGAAAAAUCUUACAGUCACGACACUGCGUCGCACAUGAUGAUGUAACCACAACCCGUAUAUCGUUCACUAUUUGCUUAGUAGAUAAAGAUAAGUAAUCAGUGUUUUUAUCAGUUAAUAUCAUUACAGAUAUAUCGAAGUAUUUUCACCAUCGGAUUAAUACUUCAAUCCAAUUGAAAGUAUCUUCGGGCUUGCAUCUGCUCACUUCUUAAUAACUGGUUGAGAUGUGUAUUCACAAUAUCACCAACACAAUCCUGUAAUCUGUACUUAAAAAUUCAGUCUUCUAGAAAUGCCUAUACAACUGCUCAAAUGUUAACAACCUACCUCAUACUUUAUGAGAAUUUUCGACACUUACCAUUUUUCUUUAUCAAUAUUACUACUUUCACUAUUUAGCUGAACAAGUAACUAAAUUAAUGAACGGUGAUUAUGGACAUCAUGUAAGCUGGGAUAUGAUAUGUGCACAAUCAUGUUGGGCUGGUCUUUUACCACCCUUACCAAUCGAAACUAACUCUCCAUCGGACAAGAAUAAACCACUACUGUUUAGAAAUCAGAAAUUAGAUUCAAAUGUAAUUUCACGUCAGUUGCAUAAUUUAUGUGUACCGUUUACGGAUGAUUCGUUUAAAUAUAAUUGUUAUCAAAAAUCUGAACUGGAUCCAAAUGCAACUGGACAAUACGGUGAGUUAUAGACUGAAUUACAGUAUCACGACAUGUCAGUUUUUUAUUUAAAGCUUGAUUUAGAUUGAAACGACUGGUAUGCCACAUAUUUCUUGAAUCCACUAAUUCUUAAUUUCAAGUUCAUAAUUUAAGGUAUUUUUCUACCAGCUUCUACUAUCUGCGAAAUCUGAAACGUGAAUCUCCAAAUGGUGGUAUUAAAUUUAUAUCUGUUAAAGAAAUUUCUCCAAGUGACUAAUAAGAAUUGGUAGAUAGCCCAAAACUGUUUUAUUUCAUUAACUCAAUGAAGAAAACAUGUUUUUCUUUUAAAUUUAACCCUUGAUCUACAGUAGAGAGAUAGUAAUCACUUAUAAUAAAUGCUAAAGUAUAGGCGACCAAGAAGUAAGUCAUUGAGAUUCUUCUAGGCUACCUGUGGUAUGUAUAUAUUUAUGCUUCAUUUAUUUGCUAUAUCUUUCAAACUUCGUUGACUCUCACAGUUAUUGAUAUUUAGGUCACCAUAUUAUGAAUAGGUUGAUCACGCUCCAUAUCAUGGAUGGAUUUCUGUUUGGUAUAGAUAAUAGCACAUGUUUAAGCUUUGAAAUCCCUUCAUUAUGUCUAUUAAUCACUUGGUUAACACAUAAACUUAUUUAACUACAAGUGGUAGAGUAGUGUAGUACCGUAAUCAUCUUUGUUAAUAUGUCUAUCCAAGUCUUGUAAAUUACACGAUAUUCUUGUAGUAGGAUAUCUCAACACAAUAUUCAUAUUCAGAUUAGUGAAAUGAGUUUUUGAUUGUCAAAUCAGUUGUUUACAUAUCUGAUGUUUGUUGGAAACAAGAGUGUAUAGACACUUUUUUCGAAAACGUAGCUCUAUACUUCUAUAUAAUGUGUUUUGUUGUUGUCCUUGAUCAAACUGCGAUAAACUCACCUAAUGAGAGUAAUAUAACCAUAGGAGCUUUCAAUUUAAUAUAUAUACAUUCAUCUACUCCGCACCAUAUAUUUUUUCUUUGUUGUAGAUUUCCCAGAUUGUGAAACAAAAUUACUAGGAUUACUUGCCAUUGGUUAUAAAGAUACAGAUUAUACGUUAAUUACAAAACAAUAUUUAUCGAAUUCAAAUGUCACUUCUGUCAUUCAAAAUCUAUUCGAUGCAUCAAAUAAUGAAAUUGCUAAUAAUUUACUCGGUUUUAUUUUUGAAAAAACUAACUUUUUUACAUCAUAUGGUGGUCAAGACACUGAUAUCGGUUUUAUUCACUAUCCUUCUAAGAUUCUUCAAUUUCAAGUUAUUGAAACAACUUUUGUUUCUGAUCCUAUUUCGAAUUCUUCAACGAAUGGUUGGAUUAUACAUUGGUGUCAUAAACCAGAUAAUUUAUUUCCUUCAUUAAAUAAUCUAAAUUUUGAUCAAUCUUUUGUUUUAAGUAUUGAUAAAGAACGUAGAUUUAAUCUCAUGUGUUCACAUACUGGUCAGCAUUUAUUUACAUCAGCUCUAGAAUCAUCAGUGCUAUCGCAUUCUUCAGCAUUCCAACAUAUUGGUGGUACUUCUCACCCCAAUUAUUUCACAGUAAAAGCUGCUAUUAUCGGUUCAGCGUCAGAACUAAUGCAAGAAGAUUUAGGUAAUUUUACAAGACAAUUAGAACAAAAGUGUCAAAAGUUAAUUAAUGAAAAUGGAUUUAUUUCCAUUUGGAAUACAGAAUUGGCACAUGCUUUAAAAGUGAAACAAAUUCGAUACUUCCCUUGGGAGGAGUAUAGUGCAAAAGUACGUACUGUGUGUAUAACAAAACAAAAACACUCAAUCAAUGAUCAUGAACUAACAGAUUUUAAUUCUGUCAUCUCAGCUGAAUUGUGCGGAGGGACACAUCUUUUUGAGUUAUCUGAUUUACUGGAUAUAGCGGUGGUUGCAGUUAAAGGACGUCGAAAAACAGUCAAAGAAUUCACUUGCAUUUUUGGUCAUUUGGCUAAAUCUGCACAUCAAUGUGCUAAUGAAUUGAUUCAAGAAGGUUUAUCAAGAGAAAAAGAAGCUAUUCAUGAUCCUAAAAAAGCAGCCAUUCAUAUGGAUUGGUAUGAAUCUGUUUUAAAUGAUCCACAUUAUACUGGAUUUCUCCCAUUAUAUGCUCGAUUAGCGUUAGAAACCAAUCUUUUCCGUAUCAAUCAUAAAACAGAUAUCAUUGAUACUGACCAUGUCCAAUUAUACAUUGAUAACAUGAAAAUAAUGAUUGGAAAUAAUAACUGUGAAACAUCUCAAGCUGUAAUUUCUCAACUUGAUUUUCAUAGAUUAGAUGAUCUUAUUUUUGCAUUUAUACAACUCAAUACGACUCAACCGUUUGUUGUCUAUAGUAUGAAUUUAGCUAUUUGUUAUUUUCCAAAAUCACAUGCUAAUCAAACAGCUUUGAAUUUGGCACAUAUGAUAGCCAAACUUUUAUCUACUGAACUUGGAAUAGUGCAUUUAACAGUGAAAGGUCGACCUUUACGUUCUAAUCAUCUAAACAAUGAUGACCGGUAUAAAUAUGCGUUCCUUCAACUUUCACCUACAGCGGAUACUUUUACCACGAUGACUAAGAUGCAACAACCAUUGGAUUGGAAUGACUAUCAUACGUUGUUGGCAAAGUGUGUAAACUCAAUUUUACGGAGUCCAGUUUACGGUGAAGCAUAAAAUGUGUAGUUUAUAAACUUUUGAAUAUAUGAUAACUUGUUCUCUUUUCUUUUGUAGAUCUUUCAUUCCCAAAAUAUUUACAAUUCGCAUAUUUGUUUGUAAAUUCCGUAUUUAUAUUAAAACAAUAUACAUUAAAACUUCUGAAAAUGUUACUAACUUCUUUUUAUUGCUGUUAUAGCAACUUUUCACUUAUGAUCAAACAUAAAGUGUCCUCUAUCAGAAUGAACGCUUCAUUAUAAUGAUGAAAAGGUUUUAUUCUUUAAAAAUAACGCUUAGUUAGCUGUUUAUAUUAGAAACAAAUAAUGUUCCUUGUAAAAUAACUUUUUUCACAAAUUUAAAUGCAAAGUAUUCGUCUGUAUGAUGAUAUUGCUUGUGAAAUAUGACCUUCCUAGUCAAUAAAUUCAAUUGGCUGAGAAAAUUACAAGUUAAAUGUAGAACUAUAGUAAAUGGAUUUUUCGAAUAACGGAAGAAAAGUCAAACUGAUGUAUUAGAACCAUUUACACUACUUUAAUGUGC